AUGGCGGCAGAGUGGCUGAGCGGACACAUAGAUCGUGGAGAUGACGCGAGAGAUGUGUACUCGUACUCUCUCGAGGGGCAGAAUGAGCUUCUUCAGUUCUUGAAGGCGAUUCGCCCGGAGUGGUCAUUUCCGAAGAAGAACGGCAAAAGCAAUUUGCGGAGUGUCAUGGACAAGCUGAAAGCAGUACGUGUUGGCACUGUUUGGGAGUUAUUCCGUGCGGUCAUGCGGAAUACCAUCAGUGAGGAUCUUGCUCAAGCAGGGUACUCCGUGUUGAGCAAAGAGACUCUCGACAGGAUUCGCAAGCGAACGAGCUUCUUCAGGCAGCUCGAUGUCCUCACUGAGACGGACUGCCGCCAGACAGGAGCUUUUGCACCAGUACCGCAACUCCUCUCACAAAAGAAACUUGCUUAUUGGAGCAAGGUACCGUCACAUCAUGGAAGAAAGUUUGAUGAAAGGCCGCAAUCUCCUGAGCGUAGAAGCUCCAUUCCAAGGGCAUCUUCUUCUCAAUCUCGCAGAGCCAGUCGCUCUGGUCACUUCGAAAACCGGCUUUUCGUCAGCAAUGGCAACCUGAUCGAGGUUGAUGGACGGGACAUGUGCAGGCCAAGAUUACGUGGAGCCAGGACAUGCGUCCGACGUGGACAUGACAUUGAGCCUUUCAGGGCAGAGAAAUCAGAGGCUGAUACGAGUCAAGCACUUGACAAGGACCGUUGGGCUUUGAAAUCCGCGAUGCGACUACCUGCUCUUUCCAAAACUUGGCAGGCUGGUGACAACAAGGCAACCUGUUCAAGCAGUCUUGAUUCUGGUGACAAGCCUCCGAAGAUUGGCUUGUUGCGAGAAGCAAGCCAAGUGUCCAUUUCGGGGGAUGACUCACACACCUUGCGAGAUGGAUCGACUGAGAACCGCACAAGACUUGGCAGUGGCCAAAGUAGCUUCCUCUUCAUGACGCCGCAACAACGGGCUCGCAGCUCUUCAGUAGAUCAUUCUAGCAGUGGCCAGGAAGCCGAUACGCUGUUGGCGACGGUGGUGAAAUUGCAGCAGGAAGCGGCAGCCAUGCAAGACUUCCGGCCGCCAAGCUGGUCAGUGCUCCGGCGACAUGAGAAUGCCCUCAUUGAGAGUGGCCAGGCAAUGCUUGAUGAGCAAAAGGCCCUUUUCGAAAGGUCCAAACUGCAGAAGCUCAUGGAGCAAGAAGGUCUUUGUUCGCCAAUGCGGCAGCAUGUGGCCAAAAAUGUUCGUUCCCGCCUGAAGGAGGAGAGUGAAAAAGUGGCGGCUGAGGGGCUAGAGAUGCAGCACAAGUGCACCAACAUCAGGAAAAACCUCGGCCAAAUGAUGAAUGCAAGGAGGGAUCUUGCCUCCCUUCGACGGGCAAUUGUUGGGCGAGGUAUUGAUGAAGAGCAACUGAAGCGGGACUUGCUAACGAGCUGACUUCCAGCGUUUCCUGGAUCAGUGGAUGAGUUUUGCAGAGGAAGAUCCUCUGUUGAGGGGAGCAGCUUGGUUUCACCCUUGGUAAGACAGUUGUGCAGUUGCCGUCUUGUCCUACCUGGAUUGUACAAACCACGACCUGGUCUCCGAAGGAGAUCCACACCGAUUCGGUGCAAAGGGUAAACUGAUGUAAACUGGAAAACUAUGG